AUGAACUCUACAGAUUUGAUUGCUGUAGUGGUACUCGGUGCUCUGUUCUGGUUAUACCGCAACCUUGACUCUAUUAAAGAAUUUAUCAAUGAUCAAUUAUAUGGCGAUGAUCCUUCGCUUGGAGUCAACUCCAAUGGUACUCGUGAUUUAGCAGAAGUUCUUAAGGACAACGAUAAGAACUACUUGGUCCUAUAUGGUUCUCAAACUGGUACAGCAGAGGACUAUGCCAAGAAGUUUGGUAAAGAAUUGACUGCGAGAUUCCAACUUCGUGUCAUGGUUGCUGAUCUAGAAAACUACGAUUUCCAUAGUUUGAAUGAAUUACCUGAUAAUAUGCCUGUAAGUUUCGUGAUUUCUACUUAUGGUGAAGGUGAUUUCCCUGAUGGAUCUGUCAAUUUCGAACAAUAUUUGAACGAAUUAGAUCCCGACAUGUUAGACAAUCUUCGUUUCUCUAUCUUUGGUCUAGGUAAUACCACUUACGAAUUUUUCAACGGUGCUGCACGUAAAGCCUUGGAUAAACUUCAAGAUGCAGGUGCACGUUUAAUUGGUACUCUCGGUGAAGGUGAUGAUGGUGCUGGGACCACAGAUGAGGACUAUUUGACUUGGAAAGAAGAGACCAUUGAAUUAUUACAAAAUGAAUUAGACUUACAUGAGGAUGAAGAUAAACAAUUUGAAUCCUCAUUUGAAUAUACUGCUUUGAUUACAAUUGGUAACAGUACUUCAUUAGGUGAACCUUCUAAACAAUAUCUACCAAAUGCAACUUUACAAUACAAUGCUGAAGGUGAACAAAGUGGUCCAUUUGAUUUGUCACAACCAUAUGUUGCUCCGAUCACUGAAACGAAAGAAUUGUUCCAAUCUAAGGAUAGAAAUUGUAUCCAUACUGAAUUUGAUAUUAGUCGUUCUGAAGUGACUUACCAAACCGGUGAUCAUUUGGCUAUCUGGCCAUCUAACUCCGAUGAAGCUGUUUCCCAAUUCUUACGUGUAUUUGAACUUGAUUCCGAGACUAUCUUUGAUUUGAAGGCUAAGGACUCCACUAUGAAAUUACCAUUCUUAUGUCCAACCACCAUUGGUGCCGUUGUACGUCAUUAUCUAGAGAUUACAGGUCCAAUAUCAAGACAAACAUUGGGUCUUUUGGUUUCAUAUGCUCCAGAAUCGAUUAAAGAACAUAUUGUUACAUUGUCCAAAGAUAAAUCGUUGUUUGCCACUGAAAUUCUAGCUUCCAAGUUUAAUUUAGCAGAUGCUCUAUUAUCAUUGAACCAUGGUGAAACUUGGACCGGUGUUCCUUGGUUACUAUUGAUUGAAAUGUUACCAAAAUUAUCUCCACGUUAUUAUUCCAUCUCUUCUUCAAGUUUAUCUGAACCUAACACUAUCCAUGCCACGUCUAUUGUUGAAAACACACCAAACGAUAUCACUGGUACAAACAUAACAGGUGUCACUACCAAUUUGUUAAGAAACAUUCAAGUUAUUAAGAAUCACGACGAUGCUGCAUCUUUACCUGUCCAUUACGAUCUAGAGGGUCCUCGUGGUCUUUUCGCCAAUGGCCAAUUACCUAUCCAUGUGCGUCAUUCUACAUUCCGUUUGCCAAAGGACAUUAGUGCUCCAGUGAUCAUGAUUGGUCCAGGUACUGGUGUUGCUCCAUUCCGUGGGUUCGUCAGAGAAAGAUGUGCUGAAGUGAAACGUGACGGUGAAGAAUGUUUAGAAAAGAUGGGUAAGAUGGUAUUAUUCUACGGGUCUCGUGAUGAUGAUGACUAUUUGUACCGUAACGAAUGGGUUGAAUAUGCAGCCACAUUAGAUGCCAAGUUUGAAAUCGAUGUUGCAUUGUCCAGAGUACAAGAACAAAAAGUAUAUGUUCAACAUCGUCUAGCUGAACGUCAAGAGGAGGUAAGUAAAUUGUUACAAAAUGGUGCAUAUGUAUAUGUCUGUGGUGAUGCUAAGCGUAUGGCUAAGGAUGUUCAACAUGCCAUUGUCAAUAUCUUAUCAGAGAGUAAAGGUCUUACUGAACCAGAAGCUCAAGAAAUCGUUAAGGCUAUGAAGGUUGCAGGUAAGUACCAGGAAGAUAUAUGGUAA